AAUCGGGAUUGGCUGAAAUCCUUAAGUAUGAACAACUCAAAGAAUUUAGACCACAUAGAAUCUGCAAUGUUUGUAUUUGUAAUGGAUGACACCGCCCCAGCAAACUUUGAGGAGCUAUGCUGGGAGGCACUGUGUGGAGACACAACAAAUCGCUGGGCUGACAAAAGUCUGACGGCUAUCAUGACAAGAAAUGGCUUUGGUGCUACAAACAAUGAUCACACGCCUUAUGAUGCUAUGGUAACAGUGGUCAUGGCCCAUUACCAGCACUUGUUAUUGGAAGACAUGGGAGGAACCUGGAGAGGCAACCCUGAUGUACGAGAAUUCCCUCUGCCAUCCCUUGUGAACUUUGACCUUGACAGCAAAAUGUUAGCUGCCAUCCCUGCUGCUAGGGAGACUAGUUUAGCCUUGACCAAGAAUAUAGAUGUGAAAUAUUAUACAUUUUCUAUGUAUGGUAAGGACUUCAUCAAAAGCAACAAACUCCAUCCAGAUGCCUUUGUACAGAUGAGCAUGCAGUUGGCAUAUAUUCGUCUCCACGGAAAACCGGCACCAACCUAUGAAACUGCAACUACUAGACAGUUUUAUAAUGGAAGGACAGAAACCAUGCGCUCAUGUACAGAAGAAGCUGUGGAAUUUGCCCACUCCAUGCUUAACCCUAAAGCGUCGACAAGUGAAAAACGCACCAAGCUCUUCAAUGCUGUGAAUCUCCACAAUGAAUUGAUGAGUCGAUGCCAGAAAAAUGAGGGCAUCGAUCGCCAUCUCUUUGGCCUUUACGUUGUUGCUCUGGAAGCUGGAAUGGACACUCCUGAGAUCUUCUUGGAUCCAGCUUAUGUUAAGAGUGGUGGUGGAGGUAACUUUGUACUAUCUUCAAGUACAACUGGUUACACUCCACUUGUUGGAGGAGUAGCUGCCAUGGUCCAGGAUGGCUAUGGUUGCUUCUAUAACAUGCUCCCAGACAAGCUAAACUUCUUCGUAAGCACGUACCUGACAUCCAAAGAAUCAAGUGGAGAAGAUUUCUGUGAAGCACUUGCCUCGUCACUUCAAGAUAUGCAAGAUGUGUUGGCAGCUCCUACUGCAAGCCUCUAGAAGCCUCAUUUGUAUAUUAAUAUAGACUAAUUUUGUUGAUGAGAACUUAAACCAUUGAUCUCCACAAAUGAUUUGGAAUUAUUAACAAGAAUGACUGGAAUUGCAUUUUAGUUAAAGAUGUUUUUUUAAAAUUCUUUUACCAUUUCUGCUGUACUAUUUCAGAUAAUAGAGAAAGCAGAAAAAUACACAUGUAUAUUUAAUUUUGGUUAGAGAGAAUACCUCAAAGUUUAUAUCAAUAGAGGUUUAUACUGAUAGGCUUAGAGUGGUAUAUGGAAAAUACUUCCAAAUGAUUGCCAUUCAAAUAUCAAAACAUAUCUCAGGCAACAGUCAAUGAAAUGUUGUGUGCAUGUUGUAUUCAUCACUGGUAAUUUGGUGCUAAUUACACUAUAUAGUAACAUAUUACCAAAUUUUAUCUUAAACAUGCUUUUAUUUCUGUUGUUUGGCAGCAGUCAUUUAUACAAGAAGAUUGACAAAGACAUAGUAUACACAAUACUUUAUUUUAUUUGCACUUUAAUAUUUGAAUACAUAAUAAUAUGUUAUCUUUAUUACAUUUUAUCAAUUUAACAAUUUAUGGGAAAAUUCUUUGUCUUAUAUACAGACCUUACAGGAAUUCUAAGAGUGAAAUGCAUACACUAACAAUUUUAUUGUAUUCAGAACUCCAGAGCAAG